AUGUCAUCUAAGCCUCCACCUCGUUAUCAGAUUUGCCUUAUCGGCUCCGGCGGGGUGGGUACAAUCGCAUCUCUUGUUCUUACAAAGUCCGGGCUUGCCCACGUCACCUGCGUCCUGCGAUCCAGCUAUAACCAUAUUUCCGAACAUGGUUGGGAGAUUGACUCAAUAGAUCAUGGGAAGUUAUCCGAGUGGAAGCCCGACCGCAUUGUACGCAGCGCCGAUGAAGCUGCAAAGGACGCAAAUGAUAGCCCGGUCAUAUACGACUAUGUAGUCGUUUGCACAAAGCAGCUGCCAGGCAUAAGCCCCAUUCCGGAAAUGAUCUCACCAGUGGUCACACCAGAGAAAACAACAAUAGUGAUGAUCCAAAAUGGAAUGGGAAUUGAAGAAGAUGUAAUCCAGGCAUGGCCGGGGAAUGCAGUGAUGAGCAGCGUUAGCCACAUCGGAAGCUCAGUGAAGAGUCCCAACACCGUUGUUCAAAUUGGCAAAGAUGUGUCGAAGAUUGGUCCGCAUCUCCAUGCUGGUAUUGAUGAUUCCAUCAGUAUUGAGAGGUCGAAGGAAUAUGUCAAGAUGUACAACAUGGGAGGCGCAAGUGUGUGUGAAUGGGUCGACGAUAUCCAGCUUGCGAGGUGGGAGAAGUUGUUAUGGAACGGGACUUUCAACACACUAUGUGCUUUGAUGAGAAUGGAUGUUGGCGAGUUGCAGAGGAGCAAAGGGAGAGAGGCCAUACUUGUUCCUAUGAUGUGGGAGAUCUGGAAUAUUGCAAAAGCGGCUGGUCACCCCAUGCCGGAAACAAUUGUGCAGUGGAUGGCAUAUAGGUUACCGGAUGAUUGCAAUUACCGGCCGAGCAUGUUGUUGGAUCUGGAACAUGGACGGCCGAUGGAGCUGGAUGUUAUUCUGGGAAACCCCUUGAAGAAGGCCCUUGAUUUAGGGGUCGAUACACCGUGCAUGAGUAUGGUUCACAAGUUGCUCAAAUUAGAAGAGUGGAAGAUCAGCCAGAACCAGACAUGA